AUGAUGAAAACCAGAACAAUAACAAAACCAAGAAGCGUAAACGUCAAGAUGAGAGUGAUGACGAUGGUAACGCGUUUGCCGCUCUCAAGAAAACAACGAUCAAACGACUUCGCAAGAAGAUUCGCAAAGAAAUCAAGAACGAGGUCUACGCAACAAAAGGAAGUGGAAAGAGUAGUAGUAGUAGUUCUAGUAGUAAGAAGAACAAAGGAAAUGGCAAAGGUAAAGGUGCUAAGAACUCAAAUCCUAAUGAGGGCAUCCAGUGCAACUAUUGUCACAAAUAUGGACAUAAGGCGCACAAAUGCUGGCUAAACCCGAUGAGUCAAAGCUACCAACCUAACAAAGCCAUGGGCAGCAACUUCUUCAACAAUUCAUACAACUGUUGGCCGCAAGGUAACACUAUCCCUCCGUGGCACCAGAACAACUAUCCACCGCAACAAAGUGGAGGAAAAGGAUUCGACAACGGUAACCCACAGCAGCAAUGGGGUGGACAACAACCACAACGCUGAGUCGAAACCAAUCCGGAAUGGAAUGGAUAUGGGAGACGAGAUGGACAGUCCCAAGAUGAAGAAGAAUUGGAAGAAGAUUUCCAAAAUGAGGAUGGAAAAUGUUCGCUGAACUUGGAAGAAAACUUUGAGAAUAAAGAAUAUAGAAGUGAACUGCUUAGGGAUGAAAGCUAUAUGAUUGACAAUCACUCAGGUUGCUAUCUUAGUGCAAAUCAAAGCAAAACAGUUUCACUUGUUGACAGUUGUGCAAAUAAGUAUUUGUCUAGCCAUCGUUCCGAUUUCAAGAAAAUUAGCCACCGGCUUUGUCAUAUUAGUGGCACUGCUGGAAAGCGAAGUGGGAACCUAGGUAGACUAAAAGAAAACAAACUAGGAUUAAAAUAUGGCGUACACUUUGAACACUUACCAAAAGCCAUAGAUCGCAUUAUACCGUGGUUAGGUGAAGGAAACUGUCAUGAAAAGGGUUGGCAAAUGAAUUUCACAGAAAGUGGCGGAACGUUGUACAAUACUCGCUCCGGCCGCUCUCUACCCAUAACAAAUUGCCCCCAGAUGCAGUUACCUAUUCUAGGCUGUGACAUGUUUAG